GAAUCUCUUCUCAUCCACGGACCCGGUGGAGACGGCGUACUCCAACAAUACAGAUAAAAUCAAAUAGAUUUCGCCAAAUGUUGUUUGAACAGACAUGCAGAGAACGGCCUGUUAUUUCCGGUUACGUAAACGCGGUGUCCCUAUACCGUAAAAUGUACGCAUGCGUGGUACAAAUCGGGCAGGAAUUGGUUGCGUUUCCUAGUGCGGAAUCACGCGCAUGUGCAGAACAGAUCGUGCUUUCGGGUAUGGAAUCUAUGGAUCGUGAACUGACCGGACGCACUAUGGCUUCCCCUGGCGAUACGUACAGAUCACACGACCAGUAGCAUAUUUCAGGCGUUGGGAAUUUUUUUUGAAGUUAAGGGAAGUUUUGCGUUGCUUCUUCGACGCAUAAGCAGAGUUCCUGUGAAAGAAUAAAUGGCCCAAUACAAAAUCCGCAUAUAUCGGGAUGAGGACUUUGAGACAGUGAGGGAAGUUUAUGCCACUGGGUUUGCAGAGCAUCUCCAUGCCGUGUACCUUCAGGUUCUUAAACAGCUCUGGGUUCAGCUUACCUUGGCAAGCAUCUUCAUUGCCUUGCUUGCCUCCUCUGGGUCACUCCUGUUAUCCAUCCUGGGUGUAACUCUUGUACUCCUGGCUUCCCGAGAAGGGGUACGAUUCUUGUUUGGCCAAGGAAUCCAACUGGGUCUCAAUGAAGACCUCCAGGACAUCAGGAAGUCGUACAUGCAAGGAGACAGGUCCUGCUUUUGGGUGGCGGAACUGCAGGGGGUCAUUGGAGGCACAGUGGGCAUACUCUCAGCUAAAGAUGAGCCUGGAUGCUGGGAGCUAAAGCGAAUCUCUGUGAGGAAAGAAUUCAGAGGACAGGGAAUGGCCAAAGCACUGUGUAAGACAGCUCUUGAUUUUGUGAUUAACCAAGGGGUUGAAGAUGUGGUGCUGUAUACCUCCAUGGUCCAAACAGAUGCUCACCAACUCUACAGGAGUGUUGGCUUCCGGAUGGUGGAGACCUUUGUCUGGCCAUCACUCCCAGCCAAACUUAUCAACUUCAUGGUGUUGAAAUACAGGUAUAGAGUGCUGGCUUAGAGAAGAUUCAGAAGAUGCAGUUUAUUGAGGACCAUCACAGACAUAAUCAAGAUAUGUAACAGUAUUAUAAUCUCAAGACCUUUAAAAAUAUAUACGUACUGUCCAUAAAAUUUUAAGCAGCAUUUCAUGGGAAUUUCUCCCACUUGAUUCUUGUAUUUUCCGUUUACCCAAUGGUGUUUUUUUCCUUUUGACAAUCUUAACCUUUUUAAUUCUUAUCACAAUUUUUACUAUUAUAUGUUACUCACUGAUCUCUUGAUUCAGCUGUUAAGAAUGCUUGCACUUGCAUCAGUUCAAAAACAUGCUCUUUAUAUACAUUAAAGUGUUAGGUUACCUUGUAAAUGCAACGAAUUUGUGAUAUGCUUUGCAUUGUAAAAAGAUGCAAGCAUAAAAGGUUUUUUUCCACUGCAAAAUUCUUACCUAUGGAAUCCGUAAUUUAUGGGGUUUUUUUUUUCAUUCAUUAUAUACAUAAUCACCAUAUCAUUGUGAUAUAUUAUCAGCUGGAGGUCAGGAUGUGCUGUUUUGGAAGGAAGGUGUGCAUGUUGUCUGAACAUAGUCUUGUAUUUCUGUAUUUUGUGAUAUUGUAAUACAAACAAUCCUUCAUAUUUUGUUACAUGUCAAGUGUUACGUUACAUAAAUGAUUCAGUUACAUA